AUGCCAUGCCAUGCCAAGGGCGGUUGUGUGCUAAUCCAGCAACCCUCAGUCGAAGACUAUGUGAUGAGCGCGACAUUUCUCAUUUAUACCAGUCUUCUUGUACUGAUCCAGGUCUCAUCCCGCUAUGCAUCAAACCUUAUGGACCCGGCAGACUACGAUCAAGUCCUGAGCGAUCCGCAAGAAGUCCGAAAUCGAAUAAUUGGUAGUAAGGUUGUGAUUGGGCUAGAGCAAUGCAUGCUAUUCUCGACAUGGGGUGUCAAAACGUGCAUGCUGACGCUGUUCUGGAGGUUGACAAAGAACCUCCCAUUACACCUAUAUGUGAAGAUUGUGGUGUGGUAUGUAGCAGUGGGGUUUGUGGUCAUCAUGGUGACCUACUAUGCAAUAUACUGCCGGCCAUUUUCCCAGUAUUGGGCGAUGCCUGUGGAGAACAUGCAAUGUGCGACGUACCAACAUUACUCGAUCACGCAGGCUGUUUUCAACAUCUCAUCAGAUGCAGCUAUGCUCGCCAUUCCGGUCCCUCUGUUGAUAAAGGCCCAGAUGAAGAAAACGAAGAAAGUUUUGCUGGUGUGCAUAAUGAGCUUGGGUGUCUUCACAAUCGUGGCAGCGAUACUAAACAAAGCGUUCAACUUUGCUUCGCCGCUGACAACCACGUACCAGAUCUGGUAUAUCCGCGAGGCGAGCACAUCGAUCUAUGUUGCCAAUCUUGUGUGCCUGUGGCCACUUCUGCGAAAGAUCUGUAGUUUUGCGGCGACGCAGCGCGGAAGCGAUCCGAAUCGUGCGCAGGCAAGUCAAUCAGACGGGAUAACUUUCGGUAGCUCGCAAUCACGACCAUCGACCUUCCGCGACCGGGCAUGGCUAAUCCGUGGGUUCGGGGAUCGGAGAGUAAUCGAGGGGCUGCGGGACUCGGGAGGGAGCGAGGAGACGAACAAUAAGACCGACUAUAGCUAUCACACUGAAGGGGCGGAUGCAGUGCAGCUUGAAUUCAACAAGGGCACUGCCCCCAACGGCGACUUAGAAGCGGGAGGGUCUCAUAACAGAUCGUAA